CAGUGGCACGAUAAACGCAGGGAAGCUUAUUUCCAGCACGCGAUGAGUUGGAACGUAAACAAUCAACCCAUCCAUCCUCCGUCCUCACGCAGCGCCGAUGAAUCUUCCUGUUUUCUAAUUUUUGACAGAAACUACACACAUUUGGCAUCAGUAUUCGCUGGCAUUUCAUGAUGGGCUGCUAUCUGCAGUUAUGGUUCCUUUGCUUCACUCUGAUGUGCGCCCUCACCAGUGCAAUCCCAAAACCGGAGGAGAGCGCAUUACACUUACAGAAAGAUUUGAGUAACAAACCACAUUACCAGCAUGGGGAUGAACACAACACACAGUAUGAUCAUGAAGCUUUUCUUGGAGCUGAAGAAGCCAAGACAUUUGAUCAACUUACGCCAGAGGAGAGCAGGCGAAGACUGGGGCUUAUUGUUGAUAAAAUAGACAAGAAUACUGAUGGUUUUGUUUCUCAAGAAGAACUGAAGGACUGGAUCCAAUAUACACAGAAACGCUACAUCUCGGAUGAUGUAGACCGUCAGUGGAAAGCCCACAACCCUGAAGCCAAAGAAAAAAUAACAUGGCCAGAGUACAAAAAGAUAAUGUAUGGGUUUAUGGAAGAUAUGGAUAAAUCAGAUUUUGAGAAAGAUGAUGAGGGUUUCUCUUAUCAAAACAUGGUCCGGAGAGAUCAGCGCCGCUGGGGAGUUGCUGAUGUUGAUGCUGAUGGUUCUCUGACUAGGGAGGAAUUUGCAGGCUUCUUACAUCCUGAAGAAACUGGACACAUGAGGGACAUUGUAGUCCUUGAGACUCUGGAAGACAUUGACAAGGACAAAGAUGGACGAGUUUCUCUUGAGGAAUACAUUGGUGAUAUGUACCGCAGUGGUGAGGGAGAUGCAGAGCCUGACUGGGUGAGAAAUGAACGAGAGCAGUUCAAACAGUACAGAGACAAGGAUGGAGAUGGUUUUAUGGACAAAGAAGAGGUGAAAAACUGGAUCAUACCUCCUGAUUUUGACCAUGCAGAAGCAGAAUCCCGCCAUCUCAUUUAUGACUCUGAUUCUGAUGCUGAUCAGAAACUUACCAAAGAGGAAAUUCUUGCCAAUUAUGACUUGUUCGUAGGGUCUCAGGCUACAGACUUUGGAGAAGCAUUGGCUCGUCAUGAUGAGUUCUAGUCUUGCUUCUUUCUUGCCUUGGAAUAUUUGAAUCUGUAUGUUAGAAUAGCUUCUCUGUAUCAGGAGCGGAGCACAAAUUUAGAACAGAUGUAACAAUACCAGUUUUAUUCCCAGGUGCCUUUCUACUUCUAUCAGUACUAAAAUGAACAAAUCUUGGGCAAUGUCAUUUUUUUUCAACAUUAUUGAAUGACAUGUGCCCUGAAGUAUUUUCAUGUGAUAUUGAAUGUGUUCCUCAGGUGCCAAUUAAGUUUCCUUGAUAAUCAAAGGAAAUUUCCCCUUAAUACUUACAUAGGGUUUCAUUAUUGCACCUUUUUCUCAUUGACAUUUUUCCACAAGAAUUAAGUUGUUGUUUUUAGCUAUUCAGUAUAUUUUAGUUUUGGAGACCAAAAUCUGUUGCCCCAUGAGAAAAGCAAUACCAAAUAUGCAUUUAUUUCAAUUACGUUAGUGCAUUUCUAUGUGUACCUUCUGUGAAUUUAGCAUCCUAUUUUUGUACUGCAAGCAUCAGAUUUGGCAGUUAUUUUCUUAAAAUGCUAUUUGCUUUUAUGAGUGUUCUCUUCCAAUAGACAGGCUGUAUGUUAGAGAAGUAUCAACUAGAGAAUCUUUAUUGUAAUAAUUAACUAUCUUCCUACUAAAGUACUGUAUGGGUCAGUAUUUGCCUCCCUGCUUUCGUUCUUAGGAAUCUCACUUCAUGAAUCUAUGUGUCCCUUGUACUGUAAUGACAUUUGCACACCUAGAUAGUCUUGUAACAUUUUUACUGUACCACUUAGCAUAGCAUCUUCUAUUUGAAACGAUCUGAUUGUAAUUUUACCAAACUUCAUCAGAGUGUUUGGGACUUGAAUGUUACUGUUACUGUGCCAAUGUGUGCUUAUUCAUAAGAAGAGAGAGUAGUGUAGAUGAAUUGUGCUUAAUUAGUUGUUGUUUUACUUUUGAAAGAUAUAUAUGCUAUUCUAAAAGGCUUGGCAGUAGAAAUAAACAGUACAUGAUUUAAAA